AUGACUGAUCUUUGCGUGAGGCUCUGGGUGCUCCAGGCGAACCUCUGGCUGAUGGCUCUGGUCACAGGUGGGCUCUCAGCAGAAGCCAACAGCACCAGGAACAGCACAGGCGGCGGGUGCCCCAUGGUGCAGCAGCACCUGCGCUACGUGGCGGCCAAGAAGAACAUGCCCGUCCACUUCAUCUGCUACUCCCCGGAUCCCCAUAGCAUGCAGUGGUACAAAACGUCAGAGGGCAGUGAUGACCUCUACAAGCUGGAUCGCAACACCUCCCGCUACCGUAUCGAGAUGAAAGACAACUUCAUCAACUUCACCAUCUUCAGGGUCACCUACGAGGACAACGGCAUCUACGUGUGUGACAGCAAGAACCUCACAGUGGCGAAGAGGUGGCCGUACUUGUGCGGGACAGAGCUCAGAGUCAUGGGUCACAGUAACAUCCAGCAGAUCCAGAGCAGGAACACCCUGAAAGACGCCAUCAUCAUCAUCCAGUCCAUCCUGCUUGUCAUCUUCAUCAGCGUCCCCAUGCUCCUCUUCCUAGAUAAAGGUGAAGGCAAGGAAAGCCCGGAGGAGGACCACACCUACGAGGGCCUGGAGGUGGAGCAGAUGGCCACCUACGAGGACAUCACUCCUUUCCGGGACGUGAAGGCCAAGUGGACAGUUGGGGAGCACCCAGGCGAAGAGUGA